AUGGUUAUUAACGGUAAGGAGCAUGAUGCAUCCAGUUACCGUUACGAGUACUUUGCAGCCGUUUCAGCCACGCUGUCUCUGGUUGCAUCCGUAUCGACAGCUGGGUGGUCGUCUCCGGCCAUUCCAGCCCUGCUCAGUCCAGAUUCGCACAUAAAAAUUACAGCAUCUCAGGGAUCAUGGAUUGUUUCGAUACUCUCGAUAGGAGGCUGCGCCGGGUCCAUCGUUAUGAGUCCGAUGGUUGAACGUUGCGGACGAAAAUAUACGAUGAUCGUUUCGAUGGUCCCGCUGAUGAUUGGUUGGAUCAUGGUGGUGUUUGCUUCAAGCGUUCCUACAAUAUACGUUGCACGUUUUCUUCAUGGGAUAUCAUAUGGAGCUACUCUGUCCGCAGCUCCAAUCUAUCUGGGUGAAAUAUCAUCAAAAAACAUUCGUGGCACAACCGGCGUUCUCAUUGCGGUUAUGGCUAAGCUAGCGUUUCUGCUGCAAUACAGCAUUGGCCCUUACGUGAGCUUCCGAUCAUUGGCUUUGAUAAAUUUGAGCUUUCCAAUUGUGUUUCUGCUAACGUUCUGUUGGAUGCCUGAAUCUCCGUACUAUUAUCUAACUCACGGAAAUGAAGAAGCAGCGCUUGAAAGUUUACGAUGGUUGAGAAGAUCCGAUUUUUACAGUGAAAGUUUUCUUCUUGAGUAUCACCAAAUGCGAUUAUUAGUUGAAAGGAAUCGACUAAACCACGCGUCAUUUAGAGAUCUAUUCAUAAAGCGAAAUAGGAAAAGUUUAGGAAUUAUUUUGUUGUUGUCGAGUAGUAUGCAACUAACGGGAAUUAAUGCUAUUCUUGGGUACGCACAAACUAUUUUUUCAAAACUAGAUAUGAAUUUUUCAGCAGCCGAAUUGUCCAUAACGUUGGGCGUCGUGCAGUUGAUGGCUGUAUCCAUUCCAACAUUUUUCGUAGACAAGGCUGGACGUCGACCAAUGUUGCUUAUGUCCGGUGUUGGCUCUUUGAUUGGUUUGACUAUCUGUAGUCUCUAUUUUACAUUGAACGCUAUGGGCUAUGUGCUCGAUGCAUUCAGCUGGAUACCGUUCGUGGCCGUCCUAGGUUUCAUAGUAUCGUUUGCCAUUGGUUUGGCAACCGUUCCGUUCGCCAUAUUGGGUGAAGUAUUUCCCAAAAACAUCAAAGCAAAUGCUAAUGCUGUAUUUUCUGUGAUUACUUCACUAAUAGUGUUUACAGUGUUGAAAAUGUUUCAAGUCAUAUCGGACGGAGUAGGGACAUACGUAGCCUUUUGGAUUUUCGCUGCCAGUACUGCCGGCAACACUGUGAUGAUAUACCUAUUUGUUCCAGAAACGAAAGGAAAAUCUUUUGAUGAAAUUCAAGAAUUCAUGGAGCAUAAUCCUAUCAACGAUCGAAAACGCAUGACCACUUCAUGUUAAUUUAAAAAUAAGAUAAACAGUUGUAUCAAAGAUGAAAUAAAGAUGUUCCAGUGCUAUACCGUGAUGAAUCAAAAUCCGGACGGUACCAAUAUCCGGACACUCAAUCAGUAUUCAUGAAUUUAACGAUGAAAAUCCAUAAAAAUCUGGUUAUAU